AUGACACAAUUACUUACUGAUUGGAAUCAGCCACUUCCUAGUCACCCGCUAACUCUUAUCCGUAUGUGGUUAUUUUUGCAUUCAUGUGAACUCAUAAAACGUCAACAAACGCUUAGGAUAUUAAAUUCCAUUGGUUCGGUUCGCCACACAAACCAAUGUCAAAAGACCUUCAUAAUUUUGGGUAAACAAUAUAAACGGAGAGGGCUUUUUCCUGAAGAAUUUGUUUACAUGAAAAAAAUUAUUACAAUUAUAAAGGAAGAAAAGGAAACAAAUUCUCAUUUAAAUGUCAGAAACAAAGAAAAUAAUGGAAAUGGAGAAAAGGAAAGGCAAGGCGAUGAUGUUUAUGGACGUCUAGUGUCAGAACUUCAGAACUGCUAUUUAAUCAGUGAAAAGUAG